AUGUCAACUACUCACGAUUCCCCACCACCCAUUCCGCCAAAGCCUAAUACACCAGACAGGAGUUCGCAAGUUAGUAACGUCACAAAUAUUGAUCAGCUGCUAAAUUUGAUUGAUAAUGAAAUCGGCAACUCUCGUUCAGACGACGAAACCUGGAAUCAGGCGUCAAUAAGACAACCAGCACAUUAUCAAUAUCAAGGAGCGUAUACCGGACCUUAUUACUCAUCAUAUCCUCGUGACCUAACGUCUCAAGGAUGGCCUGCCCAGAACUCGGCUUAUCCACCAAAUUCUAGUACAAGACCUCUGCCCAACCCGCCUUCAAAUACUACAAUCUAUCCUUCGCAUAAUCAAUCUGCUCAAUAUUCUCACAACAUGUGUCCGUAUGGUGUCCCUUAUGUACCUCCGACAAAUGUACCAUCAGCAAUGCCUGUAUAUCCUGUAAUGCCCGAUUAUCUUAAAUACAUAGAUAAUUCUACAGGAUCACAUGUUCAACAUGUUGGCCAAAACAUUCAACCACCACGGAGUCCUCAACCACAUUCACAGGUGAGAGUAUUCAUUAUAACCGAUUUUUUUGUCAAAAUUCAGCCCGUUAAUUAUCAUUUACUGUUUUUAGCCCAUGAUUUAAACUGUGACGAGAAUAUUAUAAAUAAUGUUACUAACAGUUCAAAAUAUCUUAGUUACCCGUCUUCUGCCGGUCCUUCAACUCAUACGUGGCCGUUAACGACUCCACAAACGACAUCAAUAAAACAAACAAGUUCAAUACCAGAAGCCAAAAGACCACAUUCAGCUGCUCCUCGACCGAUGAAUCCUGCAUUGCUAUCAUAUCCUGAAACUCCUACAGCCAUUGAAUUGGAUGAAGAUUUUCCAACUGGGGUUUUCCCUAUUAUUGCGAAAUGCUAUAGCCCUCGGUGUGGUAUCGAUGGCAAGGGUUGUUAUUCUAGGACUUGUCCUAAUUAUGUUCCAGGCGUGGAUGAAAAACCACCAGAUCCUGCUAUGAAGAGACCAGAAAGCUUAACACCUACUGAUGUCGUGGAAACUCCGGAAAUUUUGGAAUCACUUAGUAAAGAAGAAAUAAAACGCCAAGAAAUUAUUUUUGAAACAAUAUAUACUGAAGAAGAUUAUGUGAAGGAUUUGGAUCUCAUCGAAGAGCUUUUCAUAAAAGGACUUCGUACAGCUUCACCACCAGUUAUUCCUCAAAAUCAACUCGAAAGCUUCAUCCAGGAAAUCUUUUUUAACGUCUUAAAGAUCCGUGACCACAAUCGAAAAAUGUUUGAACGACUACAAAAACGACAAAAGGAGAAUCCCGUGGUGGCAGUCAUUGGAGAUAUAUUUUUUGACUGUGCACUAGAAUUUGGUAAUGAUUAUAUAGAUUACAACGGGCAUUUUCCUAUCGCUGACAAUAUUAUUAGGUCUACAAAGCUAAAGAAUCCAGAAUUUAAGAGAUUCUUGGAGCAAUGUUCACGAUCUAAAGAAGCUCGUAGACUUGAUUUCCGCCAUUUUGUACAACGUCCUACUACACGUCUGCAACGAUAUACAUUAUUACUCGAACAGAUCAAGAAAUACACACCAGAUGAAAACCAAGACAAAGGUUACCUUGACAGUGCUCUGCAAACGAUUCGUGAACACUGCUCUGUAAGCGAUAAUAGAGUUCACGAGGCCGAAAAUCGACUGAAAAUAUUGGAAAUUGAACGUAAAUUGGUCAAAAAAGAUGGAGGUCCUUGCCUCAAUGAGCUCAAUCUCUCAGACCCAAAUCGACAAUUGUUAUUCAAGGGUGAAUUACAAAAGAGAUCCAGUCUUGAUAAACAUGAUCUAUUGGUGUUUCUCUUUGAUAAUUAUUUGGUUAUGACAAAAGAAAGAAAAGGGCCUGAUGGAGAAAUAAAAUACCAACUAUCAAAGAAGCCUAUUCCAUUAGGUUUACUUAUUGUAGAUACACCUAGUGAAACUCUACAGCCAAAGGCUACAACGUUUCAUAUCAAUAUUAAACCACUUGAUCAAGUUAGGAAAAGAACUAAUAGUACAAUGCAAUCUCCUAUUUCACCGCAAGCUGUUACCGAUCUUGAAGGACAAAGCAAUACUUAUGGUCGAUAUCCGUUUACUAUCCUCCACAUUGGGCGACAUGGAGGCCAAUAUCAAGUGUUUGCAGAUUCAGAUACUACACGAAAAAUGUGGAAAGAUAGAAUACAAGAUGCACAAACAAAACUUCUAUCGAACGAAGCUGUUAAUAAACAAAUUUUUGAAGUGUUUACAUUAAAUGAUUCCACCUUCGUAACUGGUCUUGGUGGAUCUUCAGCUAAUUCGGGGUCAUCAACAUCCAUAUCAAGAAGCAAAAAACGUAACAUGGUUGCUAUUGGGGCUGAAGAUGGUGUCUGGAUGGGAUUUGGAGGAGAAGUGAGGACUUUCAAGCAAGUUUUAACUGUCAGCAAUGUGACUCAGAUGGCAGUUCUUGAAGAUUUUGGAAUAUUUGUUGUAUUAUGUGGUGACUCUCACAACCAACCAUAUCGCCAACGCCUAAGUGCUGGUAACAAUGUUCAAUACUUUAAUGUUGGCGUUAUAAAGGAGAGGAAUUCUACGAAGGAAAAAACUUUAGUAGUAUACAUGAAAAAAAGAGGUUUAGAAAGUCACUUCAAAGCUUUGGAGCCCGUAUGUGCAGUCGGCUCAAGUAGUGAUAAAUCAAAAGCCUCAUCUUCACGUCGUGGUGCGUUUGCUAAUCUAAUUUCUUCAAAAAACGAAUGGUUCAAGGAAUAUAAG